CGCGAGACCAGUGGCUACGGCUGCCUACCUAGUAUCCGCCCCAAUGCCCCCAUCGAACGAAUGCGCCAGGUACCCUCCCCAUGCGCCCGUCCUUCACGCGUCACGCGCCCGCCGUGAACGGCUCGAUGGAGGCGGCGACUUUCCGCUUCGUCUCGCUCCUCGCGUCCUGCCUCCUCGCGUCCAUGGCGUUGGCGCUUUGGUACUACGGCCCCGUGGAGCUGGCCGUCGGACCGGGGUGCUCGCGGCUCGUGCAGGCCAGCUCGGUCUUCGUGCAGGGCUUCAAGGUCAGUUGUUUGAAGGCAGAGUCACAAGGGAACGAUGGUGGGCUGGUGCUCUACGGGCUGGCCGGAGCUCCGCCGCUGGACGUGCCCGCCGAGUGGUCGGAGGCUCGCCGCGUCGUCGUGCCUGCCAACUCUCACAAGGAAUGGGCAUAUUUCCUCAACAAGGGAGCCCAAAUUGAAGCUGCUUACAGCGUCAAGUCUGAGACUGACGCGCCUUAUCCACUAUGCAUCACCAUUGCACAAGGUAAGGAAAGGUUUAUGCAGUGGACCGAAAUCCCAUCAGCGCAGAGCAACACACUGUCUUGGGACUCGGUGCAGGAUUGCAUAACCACAGAAAAUGGAACAAUCGAACAGAAAAUUGACCUCACUUCCGAGUACUACAUUGCCGUCCACAACUUAAACGACCAUCAGGACGCAACGGUGCAGCUGAACAUCACAAUCAGGACCAUGUUCUACAACACCACUGGAGCAGAUUACAGGUGCUCGCCGGGCCACGAUCUCUGCACCUACAGAUUACCAUUUCUAGGACAAAAUGUCGCCGUCCUGUCGUCCGGCCUGAAAGAGGGACUGAAUUCUGACGCACAGCAUGUAGAACUGUCAUACGAACCUCGCUGGAUAGUGUACAUCGUCGGAUCAGCUAUCUUGGCCAUCGUGCUGCUGCUCCUGCACGAGAUACUGGACAUGCUGUUCGGCCCCUGCACCGGAGGCCGCCGCGGCGCGGACCGGAGGAGGACGCCGCUGCUGUCGGGGAGCAACGAGGACGACGGCGCGAGCCUGGGCUCGUCCUACGACUCCGUCUCUCACGACGGCAGCGACGGCGCGGAGGAGAGGGGCGAGGGCGGCUGCGUGCUCUGCUGCGACGCCCCCAAGGACUGCUUCUUCCUCCCGUGCGGCCACUCCGCCACCUGCUACGCGUGCGGUGCCAGGAUCCUGGAGGGAGAUGGCGGCUGCCCGAUCUGCCGGAGGAAGAUGAAGAAAGUGAAGAGGAUCUACGCUGUCUGACCGACCGAACUGCUGUGCAGUAAAAACCAAAAGUAAAAAAACUAACAGCGCCCACCGUGGGGCUCGAACCCACGACCACAAGGUUAAGAGCCUUGCGCUCUACCGACUGAGCUAGACGGGCUUGGAUGCUUUCAAAAUUUGUAGAAUUUACUUAAAAUUAAAUGGUAAUAACUUUGAUUAAGACAUACGAUGAACAUUUCCUUUCAGUCACUAAACUGUAUUAUGUUGCACGUUAAAUAAUAAAUAUGUGGUGUAUGGUGAUACUAAGCCACCUACCUUGCCUAGGCUAAAUUUGCAUGUGGGAUGCUACCACUAGCAUUUGUAUGUAAGACCGCAUGAUGUGACAAAAACAUGUCAAAGCAACCAAAUA